AACUUGGAUCGUUGAGCUAUUCUACACCAUUAGUAUUGAUUUCUUGUUUUCUUCUCUCUUGUUGUACAUUUGAUUCAUUACUUUUUAUUUUAUUUUUGUUACUCUUAUUGGAAGUAGCAAACAAAGCCUUGCUAGUUUGUAAUCAAAUUACUAAUUAUCCUUUUAUGUUUCUUGCAUACAUGAGGAUUGUUAAGACAUUGUCCAGGAUGGAAUGUUGAAUAUAUCGUACAUGUUGAUGAAUCUCUUAAUAUUAAGUUUAUUUAUCAACUUUAUGAUAUAGAGCUGACCAAUCACUAUUAUGAAAUCAGUGAUGAGAAGCUCAACGACAUCGAUUUAACCAAGCAUAAUUUUUUUUUCGAUUUUCUAAGGUGACAAUGGUAAUAUUGAAAUUGUUUUUAAGACUGAUACUAGAAUUUUUACAAUGGUACUAUAACGACACCGUUUUUUUUUUUUGCUUUUUCAUGAUUUUUAUCCUCGGAGGGAUGAUCGAAGGAGGAACAUGAAGCAUUAUGUUGGACUGUUGGAGGACGGUACAGAACAAAUGAGAAUGUACUGUUGUAUUGUCUUGUUUUACGCCAUGUCAUCAUCUCCUUCCUCGAGACCGUUGGUUGAUUCAGCAAAGAUGAGAGGUCCACAAAAAUCUUCAAACCUAAACAUUUUCAAAGGCGCAAUUCUCUCUCGUCUUCUCCUCUUCUCCCAUGAAUCCAUUCUCCAACACUCUUUCUCUCCCCAAAACGCCAACCUUUUUUUCCCUUUCUCGCAUUCCAUUUUCUCGGGAAAAUAUCUGAGAAAAACAUAACCCAAUCACCAAGUUUCUCCCAUUUUUUGAUUUUCUUGAUCUUACCAAAGAGAUGGCUUCGUUACAAGACAUUGGUUUCUCUGCAGCUAUAAACCUAAUGUCUGCAUUUGCGUUCCUCUUUGCGUUUGCUAUGCUUAGGCUUCAACCUGUUAACGAUAGAGUCUACUUCCCUAAAUGGUAUCUCAAAGGGAUACGAGGAAGCCCCACGCGUUCCAGAGGAGUCAUGAACAGAUUCGUUAACUUAGAUUGGACUACUUACGUCAAGUUUCUUAACUGGAUGCCUGCAGCUCUUAGAAUGCCUGAGCCUGAGCUUAUAGAACACGCAGGGCUUGACUCUGCUGUAUACAUCCGCAUCUACCUUCUUGGGUUGAAAAUGUUUGUCCCUAUAACAGUAUUUGCUUUUGGAGUAUUGGUUCCUGUUAAUUGGACUGGAGAAACGUUAGAUAAGAUCGAUGACUUGACAUUUAGUAAUGUGGAUAAAUUAUCAAUAUCAAAUGUUCCACCAGGAUCACCGAGGUUUUGGGCACAUUUAAGUAUGACAUACGUUUUCUCAAUAUGGGCUUGUUACGUGUUAUAUAUGGAGUACAAGACUGUGGCUACUAUGAGACUGAGACAUUUAGCAUCUGAAACUCGUCGUCCUGAUCAACUCACCGUACUUGUGAGAAAUGUUCCUCCAGAUCCAGAUGAAUCAGUUAACGAGCAUGUUGAGCACUUCUUCUGUGUAAAUCAUCCAGAUCAUUAUCUUUGUCAUCAGGUAGUGUACAAUGCAAAUGACCUUGCAAAAGUAGUAGCACAGAGAAAAGCCAUGCAAAAUUGGGUGACUUAUUACGAGAACAAAUACGAGAGGAAGCCAUCAAGUAGACCAACAACAAAGACAGGUUACGGAGGUUUUUGGGGAACUACAGUAGAUGCAAUAGACUUCUAUACUUCCAAGCUACAAAAUCUAGCCGAGCAAGAGGCUGUAGAAAGAGAAAAGAUCAUGAACGAUCCAAUGGCUAUAGUUCCAGCAGCAUUUGUUUCUUUCAGAUCACGGUGGGGAACAGCUGUUUGUGCUCAGACACAACAAUGUCAUAACCCCACAAUAUGGUUGACAGAAUGGGCUCCUGAACCAAGAGAUGUGUUCUGGGAUAAUCUUGCUAUUCCAUAUGUUGAGCUCUCAAUAAGAAGACUGCUCACAACCAUUGCACUCUUCUUUCUUAUUUUCUGCUUCAUGAUUCCUAUAGCUUUCGUUCAGUCUCUUGCCAAUCUUGAAGGAAUCCAAAAAGUUCUCCCUUUCUUGAAGCCCCUUAUAGAGAUGAAGACUGUAAAGUCUGUAAUCCAAGGGUUUCUUCCAGGAAUAGCCUUGAAGAUCUUUCUCAUCAUACUUCCAACUCUUCUGAUGACUAUGUCUCAGAUUGAAGGAUAUACAUCACUUUCUUAUUUAGAUAGAAGAUCAGCAGAGAAGUACUUCUGGUUCAUUAUUGUCAAUGUCUUUCUUGGAAGUAUCAUUACAGGGACAGCGUUUCAGCAGCUUAAAUCUUUCCUUGAGCAACCACCAACAGAGAUUCCUAAAACAGUUGGUGUUUCAAUCCCAAUGAAAGCCACAUUCUUCAUCACAUAUAUCAUGGUUGAUGGUUGGGCUGGCAUUGCAGCUGAGAUACUCAGACUUGUUCCAUUAGUUGUUUUUCAUCUGAAAAAUGCUUUUUUGGUCAAGACUGAACAAGACAGGCAGCAAGCAAUGGAUCCAGGUCAUUUGGACUUUGCAACAUCUGAGCCUAGGAUUCAGUUUUAUUUCUUGCUAGGUCUUGUAUAUGCUGCUGUUGCUCCCAUCCUUCUUCCAUUCAUUAUCGUCUUCUUCGCCUUCUCCUAUGUUGUGUUCCGGCAUCAGGUUAUUAAUGUUUAUGAUCAGAAAUAUGAGAGUGGUGCAAGAUACUGGCCAGACGUGCAUAGACGAUUGACCAUAUGUUUAAUAAUAUCACAGCUUCUGAUGAUGGGUUUGCUCAGUACAAAGAAACUAGCUAAAGUAACAGUUCUGCUACUCCCUCAGCCUAUCUUGACCAUCUGGUUUUACAGAUACUGUGCAGGACGGUUUGAAUCAGCCUUCUCAAGAUUCCCUUUGCAGGAAGCAAUGGUGAAGGAUACACUAGAAAAAGCGACAGAACCAAACUUAAACCUCAAGGAAUAUCUGAAAGACGCUUACGUGCAUCCGGUUUUCAAAGGCAAGGACCUUGACCGACCACGAGUAGUAGAUGAAGAAGAGAGCAAUCCUCUUGUACCAACAAGAAGGACUUCUCAAGCCACGACCAGAUACAACUCAGAAGCUAGUAGCACUACGAACACUCCUGUAGCCAACAAGCAUAGUGGCUCUCCUGGAACAAUGUAACGCGCUCCUGUUGUGUCUCUUGUUGAUAUUGUAACAGUUUUAAAUUUUGUUUGAUGAUAUGUUUAGGAAGUUUGGUCAUUUGGAUAUAUAAUUGUUGUUUCAUUACAUUAAUUAAAUUCUCAAGACCUUUGCUUGUUGUGUACUAAUAGCCAGCUUUAUCAAAGAUUCUAACUUUGCCUACAAUUAAGUUACAAAUCCUUUAAUUAAGUAGUCAAAAGGGUGGUAAACCAAAGUAUUGCCGCAUUUUUAAGAAAAGAAAAUUUGACAAAUUCAUACUAUAUUAUUUUUAAUUAGUUGACGUUUAUGACCGAACACAAAUUUUUUUAAAAAGUUAUUGUAAUAGUAAGUUUUCAGAAUAAAAAUAUCAUUAAUUAUCUUUUGAUUAAAUUAAUAUUGAAAUAAAUUAAAAUUAUAAACUUUUAAGAAGUUUUACACUGAAAAUUGAAAACGCUUUUCAAUUUAAAAAAUUUAAUUAAAAUGUUAUUAAUUCAAAAGCAG